GUUUCAAUAGUAGAAUAGCAUAAUCAUCAGCAUCGUCACUAUGAUCAUCAUCAUCAUCAUCAUUAUUUUCUUCAUCAUCAUCAUCAUCAUCAUCGUAGACAUUGCUUCUUAGGUCUAGUCUGUUUUUGGCUUGGUACGAUGAUACUAUUGGAACUGUGCAUGCGUUCCAUGUUUCUUAGAUAGAGAAUUCAAAUUGAAAGAACGCCAAUCCUCGAAAAAAUGGUUUUUUAUGACCUAUGAACUCAAUUCAAAUUCUGGAUGUUCAAUGUUCCUUACCUUAUCGUGGAGUAACAAUAGAAAUGAGCAUCCAAGAAUCUCUAUAUCUGAGACUUCAUCUUCAUUGCAAUCGAAAGCGAGGCCGUCAUUGCUACGAAUCAUGAGCGUCCUACAUCUAUUGUGUCAAUAG